AUGAUGAUAGAUAGAUGUCCGGAAGUGCAACGAUGCCAGUUCAUUGUUAGAGCUCCGGGUAGAGUGAACAUAAUAGGUGAACAUAUUGACUACAACGGCUAUGCAGUUUUACCCAUGGCACUGAAUCAAGCGAUCUAUGUAGCCGUUGCCUAUCUCCCAAGAAAGGAGCAGAGAAAGAUAAAAAUCAUGUCAGAAUGCCCAAGUUUUGAGACGUUUGAGGCAGACAUUGAGACGGCUCUGCAGUUUGCAAAAAAUGGACCACCUCAACCACCCAGGUGGUAUCACUAUGUCCUUUGUGGUUACUGCGGCUUUUAUGAAUACGCCAAACAGGAAUUUCCUCAGAAUUGGGUUGCUCCUUCAAUCUGCUUACUGGUUGGUAACGGGCAAGACCCUGCCUACGUGCCAAUGUGUGCCGGUCUCUCAAGCAGCAGUGCUCUUGUGGUUGCAGCCGCCAUGGCAACAAUGCGCGCGUCGAACACAUUCGUCGAACCAAGGGUGCUGGCGUGCAUCUGUGCGAAGUGCGAACGUCUGAUCGGCACGCAGGGUGGUGGAAUGGACCAGGCCGCCUGCCUCCUGGCUGACUCUUCGCCCAUAAUUAUUGAAUUUGGACAAUCCCGCAUCAAAACAACCUCCGUGAUUAUUCCUCCAGGCGGUGUCUUCGUUAUUGCUGACUCCGGAGCCCGCCUCAAUAAAGCCUCCACACCGGACUACAACACACGCGUUUCCCAAUGCAAGGAGGCUCUCAGGGUUUUUAUGAGUCAAUUGCCAGAAAGCUACACUCCUGACGAGCUUGGCUCAAGAACCCUGUCCGACGUCCAGGCAGCCUUUGGUCUGGCAGAACCCGGCCAAAUGCUCGGGGAAAACUCUCCUUUUGCUGAUGCAUUCCCAGAAAAUGAGGGUCAAAGCAUUCCAGCUCGUAGAGCAAAACACUGCUAUGCAGAAGCUCAGCGCGUGAUCGACUUCCGAAAGCUGUGUGAUGAAAACUUGAGGCUGGAUCGGGACAAUUCAGGAAAUGACGAAACGCUGCAGAAACUGGGGAAACUCAUGAAUGCAAGUCACCAAUCCUGCCGUGAACUCUACGACUGCUCAUGUCCAGAACUGGACCGCUUGGUGGAGGUGUGCAGAUCAGCUGGCAGCUACGGCAGCCGUCUAACUGGAGCCGGAUGGGGAGGCUGUGUUGUCUCCUUGGUUCCCGAAGGAAAAAUUCAACAAUUUAUCAACAAAGUGGCAAAAGAUUACUUCAGCAGGCCCCCCGGCGACCUUGUCAAGCAACUGUUUUACACUACUCCUGGGAGAGCAGCUGGAUUCAUUGAAGUUAGUGGCCUGUAA